AUGUCCGACCUCUUUUCAAUUACUAAGAAUAUUAAUUUACUUCCUCAUCACAAGCUCUCCGCCGCCGCCGCCUCCACCUCCGCCGCGGCCUUCUCUCGUCCUCCGCCGCCCGCCCACCUCGAUCUCCCCCGCCACCUUUCCCUCCACUUCUCCGACGUCCGCUUCAACACCUCGCUCCUCCACCGCGUCCUCGACCUCUCUCCCGCCGCCGGCCGCGCCGCCGUCGAUCUCUACUGCUGGAUCUUCGCUCCUUCAUCCCUGCCGACGAGUCCCUCUCCCUCCUCGUCCACUUCUUCGGCCGCCGCCGCGACUUCAAGGUCAUCAUCGACCUCCUCACCGAAUUCCACCGCCCUCCGCGGCUCUCGACCGCCUCGCCUGCGCCGACUGACCAGCCCAGGCCCUCCGCCUCUUCGAUUCCCUCCCCACGACCGCCGCGCCUUUGCCGCCCUUACCGAACACCGCUUCUCCGGCCACGCCGAGCACACCAUCAAGCGCUACGCCGACGAGAUUUUCCCCGACGAGGAGAUCUGCACCGCCCUCAUCCGGGGCUGGUCCGCCGCCGGGAAGCUUGACGAGGCCCGCCGCCUCAUGGGCGAGAUGCUUCGCGGCGGGUUUGAGCUCUGCACGCCGGCUUACAAUUCGAUCUUGGACUGCGUCCGUGGGUUCUGCCGGAAAAAGGAUUCCCUCCGGCUCCAGUCGAAGGCCGACAAAGUGCUCGUCGAAAUGCGCGCGGCCGGGAUUCCCCGGGAUGCCGAGACGUUCGGUGUCCUCAUCUCCAACCUCUGCAAGAUCCGAAAGACCGAGGACGCCAUGAAGCUCUUCCGAAAAAUGGGCAACUGGGGCCGCUCCCCGAAUGCGGAGACUUAUCUCACUCUCAUUCGGAGCUUGUACCAGAUGGAGCAUAGAAGAUCUCUGCAAACAAAGCUCGAUGCUAGCCUCAGAUAA